AUGUCGAUGAUGAUGAAGACCGGUGGGUCAUUAGCGAUAUGUAUGAUUGCUGUUAGCGUAGGCCUACUUCAACGGGCCAGUGCCGAUGACACAACUACCGCCGCAAGGGACCCAUAUCAGACUUGCGGGGACUCAACAACGUGCACGUGUGAACCCGUCAUAAACGUCCAACCACCUCAAAUGCCUAGUUACGACUGUAGGAAUCUAACAAGUUGGCUUUCAACUACGGCAUCUGGACUGUCAGAGGCAGAAAAAGAUAUUGCAGAGUUGACCACAGAUGUUGGCAAUCUAAGAGGAUCAGUUGAUGAGAUAAAAGCGAGCAGUCCGAAUCCCGGUGCGGGAAAUCACGGGCCACAUGUUGAGUCGGACUUUGUCAACUAUUACGAUGAGAUUAAUUGCACAGGCAACUUGCACAGCCAUAAAUACUGCAAACGGAUGGACCUUUGCCGUACGUAGGAACUGUGGUGCAGGGUCUCGUACAUGUGCCAUGAUUUGUAGCGAUCCGCAACUGAAGGCCCAAGAUUCACAAGUAGCUAGUAUCCCAAUGACGUGCUUCAAAGCUCUUCAUUUAUAUCCGAAUCGGCCACGGUUUGCAAAUGGAUCGCCAGGUUAUGAAAAGUUGGGAUUGAAGACUUUAAGAUAUGAAUGCUCACAGACGAGCUGCGGACCAAACUAUUGCUGUUGCAGAUCUUAAUCGUGAC